CUUUGGAGUCUCCUGGGCCCCUGCUCAGGCUUCUAGACCUUGCUGCCUUCUGAAGCUUGGGUAGCGCUGUGUGAUGGAAAUCAGCCACUCUGUCAAAGAGCGCACCAUUGCUGAGAACAGCCUGGUCAUCCUGCUCCAGGGUAUCCAUGGCUAUGUCACCACAGUCGAUCUCCGCGACGAGAGCUCAGCGCUGGGCCGCAUCACCAAUGUGGACGCCUUCAUGAACAUUCGCCUGGCUGAGGUGACUUUCACAGACAGACAGGGCAGAGUCUCCCAGCUGGAUGACCUGUUUGUGACGGGCAGGAAUGUCCGCUAUGUCCAUAUCCCUGAUGAAGUGGAUAUCAAGGCCACAGUGGAGAAGCAGCUGCAGCUGAUCCACAAGGUGCGCUACUUUGGAGGCCGAGACAAAGGGAGAAAGGAAUUCCCUACAGCAAGACACAAAUAAACUGACCUGGGCAUUGCCCAGGAUCCCCAGGGAGCUCUCAGCUCCCUUAUAACAUCACCCCCCGCCCACUUCUGGACUGGAAAUCUUCCCGUCUCUGUUGUUACUGUUUUAGAGAUGAGAACAAACAUGGCUCAUCCUGAAAGAUCCCCUGGGCUUCUCUUUCAAAUCCCUCUUCUGUUUGUUAUGGGGAUUUGGUUUUAGUUUCUUAGGGCAGCUUCCUGACAUUGGUGUUGGGGGGAGGCAGAAUGCAGACAAGGGAUCAUCCAUAGGGGUUUAUUUUAAUUUUUUUUUUUAGGCCUCUGUGAGACCUGGUGUGUUUGUUGCUCUGGCAGGUUUUAUAUCCUGUCUCGUUCUUAGGUUCAGAAAACUUAUUUCAAAUAAACCCUUUUUCCAGAAACCAA